AAAAUGACAAAUCGUACACGCGCUUUUUUCACGUGUGCUACCAGAUCGAAUUACUCGCCGAAACGUUUAUAUAUUCUGACCAGUCUCAUAAUAAAGUUGUGCAUUUUCCGGGCAGAAUCGUUCAAGUUUUAUUACAGAAUGUCUUCUUAUUCUCACGAUUCUCAUUCAGACGAUGAUAGUUGGGAUGAAACGGAUGCGGAGGAAAUGGAAAAAGAGCCUACAAAAUGUUUAUUUUGCAAUGAGAUUGAGGAAUCUAUCGAAAAGGCAAUUCAACAUCUCUAUCAACAGCAUAGCGUGAACUUGAGUGAUAUCAAACGAAAGUUCAAUUUGGAUCAGUAUUCCUAUAUUAAAAUGAUAAACUACAUUAAAACACAUAAUAUAACGGCCGAACACUUUGUUAAGAUCAAAGAAGUUCUUUGGAGUGAUGACAAAUAUAUGAAACCAGUUGAAGUAGAUGCAUGGCUGAUGUUUGACAUUGAGGAUUUUCCAAACGAGUGCCAAUCGAACGACGAUGCUAAUCAUGCACAUAGAAUUGAAUCCUUGCAACAACAGCUGGAAGAAAAAGAUGUCCUGAUUGAACAGUUACUCGAGCAAAUCAAUCAGAUGAAAAGUGGUUUUCAUGAAUGGGUUGAUCGCACAGCAAAUAGUCUAACGACAGUGGCUGAAAGUACAGAGAGAAAUUUUCCGGCGCCGGCACCAGCACCAGAAUCAGCAGUAGCGGAGCAAACCCAUGUAGCUGAAAUUCCCAUUUCCCAAGACGAACCAUAUUUUAUUGCAUACUCACAUUUUGGAAUCCAUUUUGAUAUGUUAAGCGAUUCCGUUCGGACGAACAGCUAUCGCGAAGCUAUUCUACAAAAUCGAAUAUCAUUCAAUAAUAAAAAUGUGUUGGACGUAGGUUGUGGGUCCGCAAUUCUUUCCAUGUUUUCUUCACAAGCGGGUGCCAAAAAAGUCUUUGCUGUCGACCAAUCGGAAAUCAUCUAUUUUGCAAUGGACAUUGCACAUCGGAACGAUAUAAAAAACGUUGAAUUUGUGAAAGGUCGACUCGAAAAUAUGGAACUCCCAUUGGCCGCCGGCGAGAGUGUUGACAUCAUUGUGUCGGAAUGGAUGGGAUAUUUUUUGCUGUUUGAAGGAAUGUUGGACAGCGUUAUACAUGCUCGAGAUAAAUAUUUAAAGCCAGGCGGUCUAUUGUUGCCUAAUCGUUGCAACAUCAAUUUGAUGGGUUUGGGAGAUGAAGAGCGACAUAGCGAAUACAUUGGAUUUUGGACGGAUGUGUACGGAUACGAUAUGAGUGCAUUGCAGAAGAAGGUGUUACAGGAAGCCGUGGUAGAAAAUGCUCGCCACGAGCAUGUCUUAACUGAAGCGGUGGUCAUUGCUGAUUUUAAUUUACUAAUGGUGGACUACACAUAUCCUAACUUCAAACAUGACUUUAUGUUGAAAAUUAAAAAAAGUGGGAAAUUCACUGCAUUUGUCGGAUAUUUUGACACUUUUUUUGAUUUGCCACAAAGGGUAGAGUUUACAACAUCGCCACAUGCGACACCGACACACUGGAAGCAAGUGAUUUUCUACCUGAAAAACCCAGUUCCGGUCAAUGAAGGGGAUAACAUUUGUGGACAAUUUCAAUGUAACCGGGGAAAAUCGGAUGCCCGAGCAAUUAGCGUAAAAAUAACUGCUUUUGAUCAGGAUUUCUUUUUUAAUUUGAAUUAAAAAUAUAAUUUACCAGUAUAUACAUAAUAUUUAUAUAUAAAUCAAUUUUUCUCUCAAAUUCAUAAAUAAAAUGUAUUAUUGUUUCAAA